GGGAAGCACGCGAGACGGUGGCAAAGCGAGUUACGGUCUAGAUUGAAAUCCGCAGCUGCACCAUGCUCUCCACGUCUAUUCCGUGUCUGUGGAUUACGUUUUGCCUUCAUUUAUGCUGUUAUGUGGACAGCGGGGAAGCACAGAAUGCGAAGGAAGUGAUUCUGCUGGACUCCAAGGCACAGCAGACAGAACUGGAGUGGAUCUCCUAUCCUCCCAAUGGGUGGGAAGAGAUCAGUGGCUUGGAUGAGAACUAUACGCCCAUCCGCACAUACCAAGUUUGCCAAGUCAUGGAGCCCAAUCAGAAUAACUGGCUUCGGACUAACUGGAUAGAGAAGGGCGAUGCCCAGAGAAUUUUUGUGGAACUGAAAUUCACCUUGAGGGAUUGUAACAGCCUACCCGGUGUGGUUGGCACUUGCAAGGAGACAUUCAACUUGUAUUACCAGGAAACGGAUUCGGAGGUUGGCAGGAGCUUAAGGGAGAACCAGUACGUAAAAAUUGACACGAUCGCCGCAGAUGAAAGCUUCACCCAGGGCGACCUGGGCGAGAGAAAGAUGAAGCUGAAUACAGAAGUGCGCAUAAUUGGCCCCCUGUCCAGGCGAGGCUUCUACCUGGCCUUCCAGGAUGUAGGGGCGUGUAUUGCCCUGGUCUCUGUCAAAGUUUAUUACAAGAAAUGUUGGUCUAUCAUCGAGAACCUGGCCACGUUCCCAGACACCGUGACGGGAUCAGAGUUCUCCUCGCUGGUGGAGGUCGAGGGCAUGUGCGUGAGCGACGCCGAGGAGGAGGCCGACAACUCGCCCAAGAUGCACUGCAGCGCUGAGGGGGAAUGGCUGGUGCCCAUUGGGAAAUGUAUAUGCAAAGCUGGAUUUCAUCAGAAAGGAGACGCUUGUGAACCGUGCGGUCGUGGUUUCUACAAGUCCUCGUCCCAGGACCUGCAGUGCUCUCGCUGUCCGGCGCACAGCUUCAACGACCGCGAGGGCUCCUGGCGCUGCGACUGUGAGGACGGCUACUACCGAGCACUCUCUGACCCUGCUUCUGUGGCCUGCACAAGACCUCCCUCAGCGCCACAGAACCUGGUCUACAACAUCAACCAGACCACCGUUAGCCUGGAGUGGAGCCCGCCAGCCGACACCGGCGGUCGCAACGACGUCACCUACAGGGUUAUAUGCCGGCGCUGCAGCUGGGAACCCGAGGAGUGUGUACCGUGUGGGCCAAAUGUGGGAUACUCUCCUGCGCAGUCAGGAUUAGUGGACACUUAUGUGACCAUUAUGGACCUGCUCGCCCAUGCCAACUACACUUUUGAGGUGGAGGCUGUCAACGGGGUGUCAGACCUGAGCCGGACGCAGAGGCUGUUUGCGGCGGUCAGCAUUGCUACUGGUCAAGCAGCUCCGUCCCAGGUCAGCGAGGUCAUCAAGGAGAAAGUGCAGCAGCGCAGCAUUCAGCUCUCCUGGCAGGAGCCCCAGCAGCCCAAUGGCGUCAUCACAGAAUAUGAGAUCAAAUACUACGAAAAAGAUCAGAAGGAUCGGAUCUAUUCCACGGUGAGGUCCAAGUCCACGUCGGCCACGGUGAACAACCUGAAGCCCAGCACGGCCUACAUCUUCCAGAUCAGGGCUUUCACGGAAGCAGGAUAUGGCACCUACGGCCCCAGACUGGAGAUAACCACCAAGGAAGAGACCACAGCCGCGAUCGUCUCCAGCGAGCAGAACCCCGUCAUCAUCAUCGCGGUGGUGGCUGUGGCGGGGACCAUCAUCCUGGUGUUCAUGGUGUUCGGCUUCAUCAUCGGGAGAAGGCACUGCGGGUACAGCAAAGCUGAUCAGGAGGGAGAUGAGGAGCUCUACUUCCAGUUCAAAUUUCCAGGCACCAAAACCUACAUUGACCCUGAAACCUACGAGGACCCAAACAGGGCUGUCCAUCAAUUUGCCAAGGAGCUGGACGCCUCCUGCAUUAAAAUCGAGCGGGUUAUUGGAGCAGGAGAGUUCGGGGAGGUGUGCAGCGGCCGGCUGAAGCUUCCCGGAAAGCGGGACGUGUCGGUCGCCAUCAAGACGCUGAAAGUGGGCUACACGGAGAAGCAGAGGCGGGACUUCCUGUGCGAAGCCAGCAUCAUGGGACAGUUCGACCAUCCCAAUGUGGUUCAUCUGGAGGGAGUUGUGACAAGAGGAAAACCGGUCAUGAUUGUCAUCGAGUACAUGGAGAACGGCUCAUUAGAUGGUUUCCUCAGGAAACACGAUGGUCAGUUCACAGUCAUCCAGUUGGUGGGGAUGCUGCGGGGCAUAGCAGCGGGAAUGAGAUAUCUCUCCGAUAUGGGAUACGUCCAUCGAGAUCUGGCUGCGCGAAACAUCCUUGUCAACAGCAAUCUCGUAUGUAAAGUGUCUGACUUCGGCCUGUCAAGGGUGAUAGACGACGAUCCCGAGGCUGUCUACACAACAACUGAAAAGUGGCUAAGAGCCGCGAUCGUCUCCAGCGAGCAGAACCCCGUCAUCAUCAUCGCGGUGGUGGCUGUGGCGGGGACCAUCAUCCUGGUGUUCAUGGUGUUCGGCUUCAUCAUCGGGAGAAGGCACUGCGGGUACAGCAAAGCUGAUCAGGAGGGAGAUGAGGAGCUCUACUUCCAGUUCAAAUUUCCAGGCACCAAAACCUACAUUGACCCUGAAACCUACGAGGACCCAAACAGGGCUGUCCAUCAAUUUGCCAAGGAGCUGGACGCCUCCUGCAUUAAAAUCGAGCGGGUUAUUGGAGCAGGAGAGUUCGGGGAGGUGUGCAGCGGCCGGCUGAAGCUUCCCGGAAAGCGGGACGUGUCGGUCGCCAUCAAGACGCUGAAAGUGGGCUACACGGAGAAGCAGAGGCGGGACUUCCUGUGCGAAGCCAGCAUCAUGGGACAGUUCGACCAUCCCAAUGUGGUUCAUCUGGAGGGAGUUGUGACAAGAGGAAAACCGGUCAUGAUUGUCAUCGAGUACAUGGAGAACGGCUCAUUAGAUGGUUUCCUCAGGAAACACGAUGGUCAGUUCACAGUCAUCCAGUUGGUGGGGAUGCUGCGGGGCAUAGCAGCGGGAAUGAGAUAUCUCUCCGAUAUGGGAUACGUCCAUCGAGAUCUGGCUGCGCGAAACAUCCUUGUCAACAGCAAUCUCGUAUGUAAAGUGUCUGACUUCGGCCUGUCAAGGGUGAUAGACGACGAUCCCGAGGCUGUCUACACAACAACUGGUGGCAAAAUACCCGUCCGAUGGACCGCACCGGAAGCCAUCCAGUAUCGUAAAUUCACCUCUGCGAGUGAUGUGUGGAGUUAUGGCAUUGUCAUGUGGGAGGUCAUGUCCUAUGGGGAACGGCCUUACUGGGACAUGUCCAAUCAAGAUGUCAUAAAGGCAAUAGAGGAGGGCUACCGUCUUCCAGCCCCUAUGGACUGCCCACCAGGCCUGCAUCAGCUAAUGCUGGACUGCUGGCAGAAAGACAGAGCCGAACGGCCCAAAUUCGAUCAGAUAGUCGGCAUCCUCGACAAGAUGAUCCGCAACCCUAACACUUUGAAAACCCCAGUGGGAACGUGUACAAGACCAAUUAGCCCACUGUUAGAUCAGAGCACACCAGACUUCACCGCUUUCCGCUCAGUGGGAGAGUGGCUGGAAGCCAUCAAGAUGGAGCGAUACAGAGACAACUUCACAGCAGCUGGCUACAGUUCCCUGGAAUCUGUGGCCAGGAUGUCAAUCGAGGACGUGAUGAGCUUGGGAAUCACGCUGGUGGGCCAUCAGAAAAAGAUCAUGAGCAGCAUACAGACUAUGAGAGCCCAGAUGCUGCAUCUCCAUGGAACGGGAGUCCAGGUGUGACGAGCUGUGACAGGACGCCGCCUUCGGACGGGGCGAAAAUGGGAAGAAAAAAAAAACAAAACUGAACUUAUUCUGGAGCAGCGCCCGGGGACGUAACCGGGAUAAUCGUCAAAGUAAACGGACGUCUGUUAUGUCUGACUCUUCCGGCUGUGUCUGGAGUGAAAUCAUUCCUUUGUUCCUCAGUGAAGGAUUGUGGUCCGCCUCUUCAAAAAAAAGGGCACUAAAGAGAGGAAAAGGGCAAAAAAACAGCAACAAAAAAAGAAACUACCUGGACAAGACGACUUAUGUUUUUUUUUCUUUUUUGUAGAAGCGCUUACGAGCUCAACCCACAUAUCAAACGGUGCAUUGGAAAGGAGUUUGACGCUUAUGUUUCUUUAACUUAAUGGAUGAUUUAAGUGCACACCAUGGCAGUGGAUUUUCCUUUACAAAGAACAAAAAAAACAACUUGUCUACUUGCGGUGGUUUCACUUUUCUUUAUCUAAUUUUGUUAAUUUUAUUUGUGUCUGCCACAGUGACAUGUUGUGUCACAUACAAAGGUUCCUUUUUUUUUUCCUCUUCUCUGUGGACGUCACAACAGGGUAACUCUUUUAUCCAAACGCAGAGGGAACUUUAUAGGUUGCAGACUUAAAGGUACUUUUUUUGUGCUGAGAUGUGCUGGACUGUUUGCAGUGACUAGUGUUUUCCUUCAUGUGCUGUUGAAGUGAAAAUGGUGAAAAUCCUCACGUGCUUGUUUUGGCAGCCUACCGGAGUGGGUUCUCCACAUGAUUUCGACUUUUCAAAAGUUUUUAUUAAGGAAUUUUUUCCGAUAAGUGCAACACAGAGGAGAUGCGGGAGGCAAAUUGUUCUUCGAAUCACCAGACUUUUAUAUCAGAGUAGCAAUAUCCUUCGUCUUAGUGUUCACUACGGGGAAACAGAGUUUUAGUACAAUAACUUGGUUAUUGAGUAGAAUGUUGCAGCACAGUUGAAAAGAUUGUAUUGAAAUUGCAGCCACCGCAUAUUGUUUUGCCAUCAUUUUGCCUAAAAUGUUGCACACGCUGUUUGUUUCAGUGCAUUGCUCGGCUGCGAAUACAGUUUUUAAGGGUGGAUCCAAGAAAAGAGUAGACGUAAUACUGCCUUAAAAUGUGUUUAGAUUUAGCAUUGCCACUAUUUUAGGCACUUCAAUGGCAACGCUUUUCUGCGGCUCAUUUCAAGGGUGGACAAGUUCCCUAUUUUUUAUUUUCUUCAUUUGUUUGUUUUCCUUGUAGCGUGAUGUCUUUAUACGUGGAACUUGAACUGGUGCGCACGGACACGGUUUAAUGCCACAAGUGACACAGUCAGCGAGGAAGAGUCGGAUUAAAAAGAGCAAUAAUUACCAGGUAGAAACGGUCACCUCACCUGAGGUUUUUUUUUAAGGUGCUAGGUAGAAAAAUGCAUAUGUGUGCUGUGCUGAGACAAACCCUUUUGGAAAGAUUCAGUCACUGCCGGAAAAGGAAAGGAAUGUACCUCUUUGACCUACAAACGGUUUUGGAAAGCGCUCAGAAAACUGCCGUGCCAAGUCAUCAAAUGAAAUAAUCAUGUCGUAUUUUGCCACUAUGAUAUGCUAAAAGUUUGAUGAGAAUCGUACAUGGCAUGGAAAUGUUGAAUUCAGUGGCUGCAGAGAUGAAAGAGACACCAUCUGAAACACUAGAAAGGUGCCAAUUAGCCAUGCUGACAUCAUCUUCUGACACAUUGCGUCGCCCCGAAAUCAAAGAGCCCCCUUCAGGGUUUGGGUAUGAAAAUGCAGGACCAAACGACGGAGCCCGCGUCGGACGCAGACCGUGCUGUUAAAUCCCUCCGUCCCGGCUCUGCAGGCAGCGAUGCGGCUCCCCCUGUUUUUUCAUGCGUCUCCGUUGCUCAUCCCUCGCAGGCGUAGAUGUGACAGAACAUGCAUUAAAGUUUUUCUUAAGAUUGCUCUGCUUUUCUUCCCAUACGGCUUUGUAUGGAGAACAGAGAUGAGGAGGGGGGGGGGGCGGCUUUGCAGAAGAUGUGCUAAAAGCCAAUCAACCUAUUUGGUGCCAUCUAUCUCCACUUCAAGAAAAAGAAAAAAAAGAAAAAAAUCAACAAAGAAAAAAAAAAAAAGAAAAGUUUCUAUGUUGAGUAUGUUUUAGUGCAGUAUUCUUUGAUAGAAAAUGCAGUUAUUCAACCGUCACGUAAAGAGGAGGGGUGUUCACAGUAGAAAACCAUCAUUUUACUGCUGCUGCUCCAACCUGAGAGACAAAUCCAUAUUUUCAAAGCUGCGGUCAUUUUUAUUAAAGUGCUGUUUUUUUUUUUCCAUCUACAAUGCAUAGAAAACGUUUAAUCACAUCAGGAAUCAACCUUGAGCUCACUAACAAGCAGUAAAACCAUUUGAAGCUUUCUUCAUUCUCUCUAUUACCUCCUCGACUACGUCCACAUCGAGCCAGAAACAUUUGAGAACACUUUCUUUUCUCUGUGCUUUGACCCUCUAUCCACACUGAGCUACCGAAACGAAAGUGGUGGAUAAAUCUAGCAAUGAAAACAAAGAAGGCGUACGUCUGCCUAGACACCGUCAAGGGCUGUGUUUCACUAAAGUCUGUCGCCUCUGAAGGGGAGGUUAUAGUCUGAAAAUCGAUGUCUGUGCACGACCGACCAGACGUAUAUGAUCGGCGCUUAUGGUCUGCAAAUGAAGUCAACAUGAUCUCAAGUUAAGACUGCAUUUGGACAGCACUGCACAGUUCUAUUUGCUUGUAAAACUAACAAGUAGUCACAUUUUGGAAGUCAGGUUUGUCAUGUAACACCCUGAAACCAUGCAGUUAAACAAGGCAUAGAUAAGUUACUGCUCCUACCUCACCAAGAACUAGUUUCAGCACAAGAACUCCACCUAAAACCACAAAUUGCUGCUUUUAAAUUUCCAUUUGAUGCGUCGUGUUAAUUGGGAGACUUAGCGGGUGCCGGUAGGUGUGUUGUUGCACUUUAAACAGUGUCUGUAUGCUAAGCUGGGCGAACCGCACCCCGACUGCAGCGACUCAUGAGAGUCUUAUCAAUCUUUUAAUCUAAGGCCUUGAAUAUACUCCCGUGUGGAGGCCAACAAGGACAGCUGCGACGUGUAGUUGGUGUUAUUACACUACUUUCUAUUCCACUCGGAGCGCUUUCGGCGGCUGCACGGACACAAAUUUUAGACUCGGGCGGACGACACUCAAGUACUUGCAGAUGUACAACGCAGGCUUAACUCGCUCGAACAAAGCAAACAAAUGUGCAUGACAAAACGCCCGGCUGUCUCCUUUAGCAGGUAGCGCUUUUGAGCAUCCUGUUGCUCCAAAAACACGACAAAUAAAAAUGGCAAAAUUGUGCAGCGUCGGUGAGGACUUUCAGCACACGUCGAAAGAGGAAAGAGAAGAAUGCAGCUGUUCUCUUGCGGGUUCGGUGCUUGAAUGCGGGCGGAGAAGUCUAUAAAAAGACCUGCAACAGCUAAUGUGGAUGCAUGUCGUUUUCAGGCACAAACGAAGAUUAGCGGCAUCUCUGGCUUAGUGUGGACGCAUGCUUAGAUCCAUUUUCACUGCGCGAUUCACCUUUGUGAAGAGACACCAGAAAUUAGCCCUGACCAGACCUCUUUGUCACACACACCCUCCCUUUAUCCAUACAGCAGAGCUCAGCAAUUGGGCCUUGGCCAGACCUUUGAAUUGAAUACCGGCAUAAAGUCAUUCAGUCAGCACAAAACUCCCCAGUUCACAGGCAGCACUCCGUCUCUCACCCACCACACCAACCCCACCUCCGACUCCCCGCUCUGGUUUUAAAACCAGGGCGCUAUAGGAGAAGGUGGAGGGUCCUCACACCUCCAGGGUAGAUGCCUCUGUCACCCCCUCCUCCUUUUUUUUUUUUUUUUUUUGUUGUAAUUUUCUGUGCUGGGGAGACAGCAGUUUGAGCCAAAUUGAGAUUAAGGCCAGGAUACAAUCGAUACAGCGUCCAAAUCACCUGCAACCUUCACCGACAGAAGUAACUUUACUAUCUGUUUCAGCUUGUUUCAUCAACGUUCUGAACUUCAGGUUGCUCAACUCUGGACAAAAAAAGAAAAAAAAAAAGGUUUUGUUGUGGCUCUGUUUCAGAAAAAAGAAAAAAAGAGUAAAAAGACAAAAAAAAUUCUAUAAAUCUGCAGGAUGUAGAAUGUUGGUCAGAAUCAGGAAUAGCAGAUAGAAGUUAUUUUUCAAAUUUUGUGGUUCAGCAGUUGGAAAUUAGAUUCACCGCUCUGGCGAGGUGGUGGGUAAUUCCAAAGAGUGCAGCACUGUCGAUUGUGUCAGAAAGAGCCGAGACUUGAGGGGAUCUUUGCAUAUGUUCUAAUUGUAAAACUUGUAAAUUUUAUUUAUAUUGUUUUUUACACAUAUUACUCAGUAGAGAGCUCUGAAUACAUUGAAAAUGCACUAUAUUUUUCUAUCUCGCAGAUGAAUUAUUGUCACCCACAAGAUUUCAGUUGUACAUAAUUUUUCAUUUAGGACCAAAGACAGCUGAUAGGAUUCCCAUCUUUACUUUGAACUUUGUUUUGAUUUUUUUUUUCUUUUUUUGCCUUUUAGUUUGUUGUACAGUAAUACAAAUUGUCGAUUUAUUAUUUAUUUUUCUGUGAUGAAAGUACUGAGAAUAUUCACUGGUCAAAAGUAUUUUCCCCAAUGGCAGAACUGUAUGAUCAUUUAAUUAGACAAUUUCUUGUUACAUAGACUUCUUUUUGCUUUGUAACCUUUGUAAUAGACUGUACAUAUAUUUUUGGAAAUAUAAUACAAUCUCUAUAGAAUU